CGUAAAUAGUUUAUAUUCGUAUGGAGACUAAAUGACAAACUUUUUCUGGGUUAAAUGGAAAUUAAGUUAGAAUUUCUCUCCUAAAUAGGAUCAUUUGUGCUCUUUAAAAUAGCAAAUCAGAAAUUAGGUAAAACUUAUUCACUAUACAUAAUUCUGCACGACAGGCAACACGACUGAAAUGAAAACUGAUGACACUCAUGCCUUCGAGGGAUAUUUAACGUGCAUGAGGUCCAAUAGGGAGCAAAAUAAUAUACUUUAGUAGUGGCCUACUUUUGGAAUUGUCUGAUAAGUGAGUAAACAAUGUUUGAUGGUUGGAGAUGUAUCUAAUGUUAUAUAAUGAGAGAAAAGUCCUGUGAUAACUUGACAGCUGAAGUUUUCAAUGUUUUUAAUAUGGCCUAAUAGCGAUCAAACAAGUUAAAGAUACACUUCAAAAAAUCUUUAAAACAAGAAACUAUUUUCCAAAGACAUUUGACCAAUAGCAGUUCAUCCUGCAGCAUAAGUACUGUAAAUUCUACCUGGAUUGGUGUAGUUCCAAAGAGAUUCCAUAGAGUUACAACAUGCCUGAAGUUUACCAUAAAGAUCCUGCCGGAUGUCAAAUACUCAGCUAUGAUUACAAUGGAUUUUUGCUGCCGUCAUUUCCAAAUAUUCAAGAAAAUAUGGACAGACUUCCAGAUAUGCCAGUAAGAGAUGAUGAUGUUUUUCUUCUAGGCUAUUUUAAAGCUGGUUGUCACUGGAUGUGGGAAAUCUGCGGAAUGUUACUUAAUGGUUCUGCUGAAUAUAUCUCAGUUGUAAAGGAUAGUGCAAUGCUGGAAUAUUCAGGUCAAGACCAACUAGACAAACUUCCAUCACCCAGAGUUCUAAACAAUCACCUGCUCUUGCAUCAUUUACCAAAAGAGAUAUUUACCAAAAAAUCUAAAAUGAUUUUCAUGUCACGAAACCCACGUGAUAUUGCUGUUUCUGCCUACCACCAUACAUUCCAGCUGAACUCAUUCUACCACUAUGAUGGAGACUGGAAUGGAUUCUUUGAAGUGUUUUUAGAAGGCAAUUUGAAUUAUGGCAACUGGUUUCAAUAUAUGCUGCAGUGGGAGAAAGAUAUCAAAGACCAUCCUGAUCUACCCAUAUUGAUAGUUAAAUAUGAAGAUCUUAAAAAGGAUCCAGUCGGCAAUGUGGCUAAAGUGUCCGAGUUUUUAGGUCUUCCUAAAAAUGACCAACUUUUUAAAGAUAUUGCUGACAAAUGUUCGUUUUCCAAAAUGAGAGUAGCAAAACAAGCAGAUUGCACCCUUAGAACUUCUGGAGAAUCUCUUUAUCGUAAAGGUCUUGUUGGUGACUGGAAGAAUCGGUUCACAGUUUCUCAAAAUGAGAGAUUCCAAGUGGAAUGUGACAAAUUUGACAAGCAGUCUACAUUGUUUAGUACAAAGUACUAAAUAUCACUUUAGUGUUGUUAUGGCAUUUUCAUACCCACCUUUGUAUCACACAUGUUAAUAUGCUUAAUAUUUUUGUUGCUAUUUAACAAUCAUUUGAUUCCUAUCAAGUAGAAUAUAUUUUAAUAUCUACUAUCUCAAAGUAUUAGUUUUAAUUUUAUAUCAUGGAAGAACCAUUUAAGAACAAACAAUCUCUUAUAUUUACUUUAUGUCAUGUGCUAAUUGUUUAAUAGUUUUCAUUGAUAUCUGAAAACCACUUUAUUUCUAUACACCUAGAACAUAUUUUAAAAUUGUUAGUUUUACUUCUAAAAUUUUUAGUUUUACCUUAACCAGUUGAGCAUGUCCCUUGGUGGCUGACGAUAUGUGCAUCUCUGAUCAUAAGCUGAAGUAGUGGGGGAGCAUCAUAGCCAUGUGUUGAGAGGAAUUCUUUGGAGUUUGAAUAAUUCACCUUUGGAAACAUGGGUGUUGCUCAACAUCCUCAAACAAACCUUUUGAACAGGAUGGGCUACUCGACCUGAAGAAAAUUCUAACUGGGCCCCACCUGCGAGGUCAUGCACUGUUUAUCUUGAUAUGAGAUCACCAUGUCAUGCACAUAUGGUUGUGAUGCAUGUGCUUGGUGUACCCUUAUCAGACGGGUAGUCAUGAUGGGUAUACUGGGCUUCGUAUAUUUUACCCCAGUGUCACUUUGAUGGCAUGCACUGCUCUCUCACUCAAUAAUAACAACAAUAAUAAUAAUAAUAAUAAUAAUAAUAAUAAUAAUAAUAAUAAUAAUAAUAAUAAUAAUAAUAAUAAUAAUAAUAAACUGCUCUAUUGGAGAAAGCUAGGACACUUGGGUUUUGAGUAUUUUCCUUGAUACUUAACACCUAAGCACCAAGUCAUAUAAUUUGUGGAAAGUGACCCUACGGGACCUUUAACAAUAAGAUGUUGUCUGCUCUCAGAAUUAACCAGUGCAAGUAAGAUCAAGAGCACUGAGAAGUAAAUGAUAAUAAUAAUAAUAAUAAUAAUAAUAAUAAUAAUAAUAAUAAUAAUAAUAAUAAUAAUAAUGGUUUCAAAUUUUGCCACAAGGGCAGCCAUUUGGGGGCAAUGGAUGAGUCAAUUACAUCAACCCUAAUGUUUCACUGGUACUUAAUUUUCUGACCCCAAAAGGAUGAAAGGCAAAGUUGAUCUCGGUGGAAUUUUGAAUUCAGAAUUGUAGCGAUGGACGAAAUACCGCUAAGCAUUUCACCCAGUGUGCUAACGAUUCUGCCAGCUCGCCACCUAAUAAUAAUAAUCCUUUCUACUAAAGUCACAAGGCCUGACAUUUUGGGGUGGGGGCUAGUCAAUUGUAUCAACUCCAGUAUAUAACUGGUACUUAUUCCAUCGACCCAGAAAGGACAAAAGACAAAGUCAACCUUGCCGACAUUUGAACGUCAAACAUAAAGACAGACAAAAUACCGCUAAGCAUUUUACCCAGCAUGCUAACGAUUCUGCCAGCUCACUGCCUAAUAAUAAUAAUAAUAAUAAUAAUAAUGAUGAUGAUGAUGAUGAGUUUAUUGUAUAUGGAGUUCAGGUACACUACAACUUUUCAGAAAAGGAUAAAAGAGGGAGCAAAAAGCUACAAUAAAUCAAGUAAAGAAAGACAGCAAUGAUAACCAAAAGUGCAUGCAUAGCACACAGAGUAAAACUCAGAAAGAAAAUUGAACGGUAAAAGAGCUAUAAAGAGGAAAGGGUGCAUUGGCAUAUCAGGAGUAGUCCUUGGAAAUUUCAGGAAGGAGGGAGUUUUUGAAGAAUGCUAUGUCCUGAUAGCUAACAACUUGCUGCAUGUAGUUUGUCACUCAUCUGUUAUAAUGUCAUAGAAAAUACAUUUAAAAACAGACACUUAUAUUUACCUUAUAUCAUAUGUUCUUUUUGUUAGCUGUGUGUGAAUAAAUCCAGAAAUUUGCAUCGAAUCAUUAAUGUAACUAUAGAUAAAAAAUCGUAAGCAUAAUUCUGUUAUCACCAUCGUCAAGAUUCUUGUUAUCAUUAUUUUUGUUGUUGUCAUCAUCAUUUUUGUUGUUGUCAUCAUCAUUAUUAUUGUUGCUGUCAUCAUUUUUGGUGUAUUGAAUGUAGUUUAUUGUGACACCUGCACUAGAAAAACUGACCUGUCACUGGAUAGACUAAAGAAUUACCUUAACUUUAUGUGAGGAGAUUCUUUUAGUCUUCAUUUCUCUACUAAUCACUUGAUCAAUAGACAGAGGUUUUAUAGGGAGACUUCAAUCCUAGACUCAAAAUCCAAUCCACAUUUGUUUGCAAGAAUUACCAAUCCAUCCUAAAGUAGUUGCAUAAAUACCUCAGCAGAAACUUGCAAAUAUUUGAAUGAAAGUAUCUUGUUAUUGUUCAUAGAGAAUGCUAAAUAAUCCUGUGUCUAUUGAAAAUUCUUAUUCUCAGCUGAUUGAACUGUUGCUUCCAACUCUGUUCGCUUUUCCAAAAUUCAAGUUAAUCACCCAUCAUAUGAAUUAUCUUCUUUUACUACCUAUCAACAUGAAAUUAUGAAGAAAAUAUUUUUUAAGAUACAGGUACCGAACCUCUUAUCUGACAAUCUUGGGACCAGAGGUGGUCCAGAUUUCUGGACACAGGCUAAAUAUAUAUUGAUAAUAUAAAAUAAACAACUGAAAGUAAAGGACAAAAUCGUAUAGCACAUACAGGAACUGUAUAUGUAUACAAGAACUGGUGUCUUGUGACACAUACGCCACAGAAACCAAAACAAAGCGGCCACACAGUGAACUACUACAGCCCACAAAAUUCAAAGCUAGCCAGAUUUCUGGUAAUUCCAGAUUUCUCGAUUCCGGAUAAGAGGUUUGGUACCUGUAUAUAUUUUUUAACAUUAAUUUGAAGAAUUAUAUUUUUAUAUCCUUUCAUGAAAUGAUGAAACAAAUAAUAACAUAAUUAAUAAAAAUAAUUAGUAUAUUUUUCUUGAUAAUAGUCAUAAACUUUUUAUUACAAAAUGAAUAAACUGCAAAUGUAAAUGUAAAGACUGUUCAGGUGCAAUAAAGACUGUAAACAAACAGGAAACAACUUCUAUCUCAUUCCAGGGUGAAAAACUAGAGGUAGUCGAUAGCUUCCGCUAUCUGGGCGACCAAGUUAGUAGUGGGGGUGGGUGCGCUGAAAGUGUAGCUGCUAGAAUAAGAAUAGCCUGGGCAAAGUUUAGAGAGCUCUUACCCCUGCUGGCGACAAAGGGACUCUCACUCAGAGUAAAAGGCAGACUGUAUGAUGCAUGCGUACGUACAGCCAUGCUACAUGGCAGUGAAACAUGGGCUGUAACUGCUGAGGACAUACAUAAGCUCGCAAGGAAUGAAGCCGGUAUGCUC